AUGAGUCUCAAGCGAGCCAGCGACAAUUCACUCGUUGGCUCAAAGGACCCAGACAGGAAGAAACGCAAAGGAUUCUCUGUCGGUCCAGCAAAUCUUCCCGAUGGCACUUACAGGCGCAAAACACAAAAGAUCAAAAAUGACCUUAUCCAAAAAGCAAAGGUGAAAAAGGCCUAUGCAAAAGUAAAGGCUCAAGAGGAGGCUGCACAAAUUGAACGAACCACUACGCAGUCUCAUGCUGAGGGUGACCUGGUCGAUAUCCUGCCCGAAAAUGCUCCCGCACGCCUCGAAUUACAUCCAGAUCGACAAGCAAUGCUCGAGAGACUGGAUGUGGUCGAUCCACAUUUGCAACCAGACAAGAGUGAAGCCGAGAAGCCGAGUAGAAAUCUCUAUACCCAAUCGAGGAAGCGUCCUCCGAAGCAAUCACGCUACAAGAAAGAAAUAGAGCUUGCGGCUCACCACAAAGCGAAACUCGAAUCGAAAAGAAAAGCUAUGCAGGCUCGUGAGAAGGAACACAGAGCCAUGGCAAAGGCUAGAAGACCUGGUAAAGAUGGGAAAAUCAAGCUCGGUCGCCAGGGAACUGUGUUACUGAAUCGAAUUCGGAGGAUGACCGACGAGGGCAAGAUUUGA